CUGUCAGGGCGGGGGACAUGUCAAACCAAGCGACACCAAUAAAAGCUUAAGUUCUCUCGGCAGCACGGUCAUCGUGUGAGACACAGACUGGAAGACAGACGGUGGCAGACGACAGGAGCUGACACAGACUGCAACAUUCAGGAUGACUAAGAGACAAACCUUUGUCCUGGGUCUUCUGUGCUUCCUGCCAUGUGUAUGGAGCUACAAGUCUUACAAAGAUUUUAUACCUAACGGAGUGCGGGUGCCCCACCCGUGUAAGAACAACUACCUGUGGCACGGGGUGGGCCACAUAAACAGUCAGGGCGGCGGCUCCAGGAACGUCUUCGGCAUCGCUUUCGCCAAGGCUAAUCACACGUGGACAGUAGACCUGUGUCAGAAGACUCUGAUGGCGACGGUAGAACAAAUGGCGAGGAGCUGGGGGACCCCAGGUGUGUCUGGAAACGUGGAAGCACACCUGACAAAACUACUGGCAUCACGCAUCCAGGUAUCUGUGAGCCACUUGACAGUGAGCAAUGCCGGAUGA